UUUUUCAGCAUUAUACUAUGUUCAAUGAUGAUAGCUCAAGGACAAAUACAAAUACAUGAUUUGAACAAAAACCCAUUAGCAAUAAUACCUUUAGGCAAAGCCAAAAUCAAAACAGGGUAUUUAAGAAUAAUACAACCAAUAAGCUUGAUACAGUUACAUGAUAUUAUUCAAAAAUUUGAUGAUUUGAUCAAGAAAAAUGUUUAUAAUAAUCAACUCUAUAAACUAUUGGAAAAUAGGAAUAAUCUAUUGCAUCAAACAUAUUUAAAAAUUAUGCCUUCAUCCAACCGAGCCAAACGUUGGGAUACUAUUGGAACCAUUCUUAAAUGGAUUGCGGGAACCCCUGAUGCCGACGAUCUCAUCAUUAUCAACAAAACAAUGAACGCCUUGAUAGACAACAAUAAUCAACAGACUUUCAUCAAUGAAGCUAUUAACUCGCAGAUCAAACACCUAAAUCAAGUCACAAAUGAUUUAUUAAAUUUGGAUUAUAAAUCAAAACAACAACAUGUCAUCGAAAUUAAUCUCCUUACAAUUCUACUCAAUUUGAAUGCCGCUCAACACCAGUUGGAAGUAAUCGAAGAUGCUAUUAUACUUGCAAAGAACGGAAUUCCUAGUAGUCAAAUUAUGUCUGUAAAAGACUACUUGAAAAUUAAACGAUUUUUGGAAAACCAGAACAUGCCUAUAAAGUCAUUUGAAGACUUACUCACCAGAUCAACUACACAAAUUGCCAUGAAUAAUACACACGUAAUGUAUAUGCUGAAAGUUCCACAAUUUUCAAAUGAAAUCUACAGCUACGAAUACAUAAGCCCUCUAGUUCACAAUGGAAGCAGAAUUUAUAUUUCAACAAAUCACAUAAUCAACAAUAAUUCACAUAUAUUUGAAUUAUCAAAACAAUGCCAAGAAGACGACGAAUACUAUUACUGUGAAUCCAAAAUAUUACAACCCACAACUAAUUUGAUACAACUACGUCAUGCAAACUGUCUUUAUGAAAAAGUAUAUUCAUCCGGAAUCAUCACUCGAAUCAAUGAUGCCACAAUUCUUCUGAACAAUGUUAAUAUAACAUUAAAAUCCAAUUGCAGCAAGCUUAAUCAACGCCUGGAAGGAUCAUACCUAAUUCAUUUUGAAAAAUGUGAAUAACGGCAAUUACAACAUAUUUCAUCAUCAUGAGAAAACGAUCCGAGAAACCACAAAUUGAAAUCAACCUGCAAGAGCAAGUGAAAGCAUCAGCACCAGAAGAUAAUCAACUGAACAUUCAACACGCUAAUGUCAACAAGGAGAGACUUCAACUAAUAAACAAUUAUUUAUGUAUGCCAACAGCAGAUCGACCCAUAAGACUUUGAGGACAAAGUCUUUUAAAGGCGGAGGAGUUAGCACCACCCUAGAAACCACCUGCACUUGCAUCAACCCAACACCAUAACAUCAACAUUCACCGGCCUCGCAUCCAAGAAAUAGAUAAGAGUCAAGCCAUAACACAAUUGGAAUGUGUAUAAACAUAAACAUCAAUUAUUACUCAAUAAAAGGGCAAGCAGCCCAACCUUCUCAGUUCUGUUCUGUUAGGUAGUCCAAAGUAAUCGG